AUGAGCUCAACAGUCACCGCCGCACUCCUCAUCGUUCUUGGUGCUUCCGCUGCAUCCGCAUGCUCGGACACAUCCAGCUCUUGUUCGAACUGGGUGAGCAACGGCUUCUGCUCAAACACUUACUACACGUCGGCCCAGAAGGCGCAAUACUGCGGAGCUUCAUGCGGCCUUUGCGGUACUUCCAGCAAUUCGUCAACAACAUGUUCGGAUUCAAGCGCCAACUGCCCGAACUGGGUAAGCAACGGUUUCUGCACGAACACUUUCUACACCGACGCCCAGAAGGCGCAAUACUGCGGAGCUUCAUGCAGCCUCUGCUCGUCCACAAGCUGCACUGAUUUGAACUCGAACUGCGCCACGUGGGUAGCUAACGGUUUUUGCACGAACACCGCCUACACCGAUGCUCAGCGUGCCCAGUAUUGCCCUAAAUCUUGCGACUUGUGCUCCUCGACAACCACUAGUGCGGCGACGACGACGACCACAACGAACACUGCCAGCACAACCACAACCACCACCACCACCACUACCACUACUACAACCACCCCA